UGCAAAUAAAAACAUUUCAUGGAUCUAAAUGCAAAAAAAGCCCCAAUAAUUUGAAGAUCUCUGAAACGAAAGAGGAGAAGAUCACCAGCGAGCGAGCGAGCGAGCGAGCUUCAACAAUGGCGGAGAAGGCUCCGAUCAUCCGAUUCGGCAUCAUGGGUUGCGCGACCAUCGCGAUCAAGGUCUCCCGAGCCAUCAGCCUCGCUCCCAACUCCACCGUCGUCGCCGUCGCCAGCCGCAGCAUCGACAAGGCUCGCAAUUUCAUCACCGCUCACGGCCUCCCGGAGGGCACCCGGGCGUACGGGAGCUACGAGGAGAUUCUGGAAGAUGAGGGUGUGGAUGCUAUGUAUGUGCCGCUGCCGACGAGCCUGCAUUUGAGAUGGGCGGUGGCGACGGCGGAGAAGGGGAAGCACUUGCUGCUGGAUAAGCCGGUGGCGCUCUGUGUGGCGGAUCUGGAUCGGAUUUUGGAGGCUUGUGAGGCUAAUGGCGUGCAGUAUAUGGACGCCACCAUGUGGAUGCACCACCCGAGGACCGUCGCCAUGAAGGAGCUCUUAUCGGAUCAAGGUCGCUUCGGGACGCUCAGAUCGAUACACAGCGUGUUCUCGUACGGCGGCGGUGACCCUUAUUUCCUGGAGAACGACAUCCGGAUGAAGCCGGACCUGGAUGCACUCGGCGUUCUCGGCGACGCUGGCUGGUACAGCAUCCGCGCCAUCCUCUGGGCCUCCGACUACCAACUCCCAACCACCGCUGUCGCCAUCUCCAACCCCAUCAAGAACGCCGCCGGCGUUCUCCUCUCAUGCGCUGCCACCCUCACCUGGGACGACGGCCGUUUCGCCACCUUCCACUGCUCCUUCCUGACCCAUAUCACCAUGGAGAUCUCCAUCAUGGGAUCUCGCGGCGUCCUCAACCUCACUGACUUCGUCAUCCCCUACGAGGAGUCAUCUGCGCCGUUCACCUUUGUAUCCAAUUCCGGGUUUAAUGAGGGUUCUUUAGGCUGGAUUGCGCCGCCGGAGAAGUACAAGGUUAGUACUGAGAUCCCGCAGGAGGCGCUUAUGGUUCAGGAGUUCUCUAGUUUGGUCGGAGAGAUGAAGAGUAAUGGCUCUAAGGCAGAGAAGAAGUGGCCGGAGAUUAGCCGGAAAACGCAGUUGGUUAUUGAUGCUGUAAAGGCUUCUAUUGAUAAUGGAUUCCAGCCGGUGCAAGUUGGGAAGUAGUUUGGAUAGUGAAGGAAGAGUAGUUUUCUCAUGCUUGCACUGUUUUCUUUCUAUGUGUUUGUUUGAUGAUGGCGAAUUGUAAUAUGAAUAAUCAUGCAUUCUGUUUUGACUUUUGAGUGAUGAUUGUUGGAGAAAUUGAUCAGAUCCCAAUGAAUCAAGUGGUGCACACUGCUUCUGCUCCAGGUUGUCUCCAGAUAUACAGGGAUGGUGCGCUUCAUAUCGGGACUCAAUACAAGUGAAGAUUGAAUGUUGUUUAACUGGAUGCACUUGGUUGUAAUGCAUCUGGGGAUGCUUAAUUACUUCUGUUGUUAUGUUUGUUUGUAAUGUUUGGUUAUUUUGAAUAUUCUCUAGCUAUGUACUGUGCAACCAUGAAGGUUGGUCUGCUAGGUGUUUGUAUUAAUGCCUGGUGCUUAAUUGAAUGAAAUAAUAGAGUUAAUUAGUGUGA